CUAUCUUGCAGCUUCAGGUUCCUAGUUGUAAAAUGGGAGUAAUAGUGACUGUUCUUCAAAAGGUAUCAGAAGACUGUAAUACUGAAGGCUAUGAGUUUUAAAUCAAUACAUGCAUAAGUGAAAAUUGGAUGUGCAUAUCAGAUGGACCUAUAGAGUGGUUUGAAUUUGAAGGCAAAAUAGUGCUUGUCAGCAACUCUUUAAAUCGAAGAGGCAUUUUUCUGAAACUUCAUUGUAGCUGAAAAUAAAAAUCUUAGCAAGAUACAUUCAUUUCCCAAAAGAAUGAUGGAAAGUGUGAGUAAGAAAAGAUAAUGUCUAAGCCCAGGUAAAAUAGUUACAAGAAUUUCCCCCUGCAAUAAUCAAAAUUUUGAGUGGCUGAUAAUCAAAUAAUAAAAAACUGGGCUGAAGAGUGCAGGAAGAUGGAGAGGAAGGUGGAGCAGAAGAUUAAAAGGAGAGAGGUGUGUGAGAAGAGAAGCAGUUGGCAGAGUAAAAGAGAAAGAAAAAUACUAAAAGAAGAGACUGUGAUGGCUCUGAUGAAGAAGUAAAUUCUGGCUGAGAGAGAAUGACUGGUCCAAAAUUACCCAUCUGGCUUGGUGCCCAAGGCAGGAAAAGAACUCAGUCUCCAAUUUCUAGCCUGGUGCCUUCGCCACCACAUCAAACUGGCUCUCUUUGCAUAGAAGGCCCAGAAUGUUCUUCAUCAGGAUGGUUUUCGGGUACUGAUUCUCUGUGGCAAGCCACAGCAGGUCCAGCCAGCCGUCAAAGUAUCCAUAUCAGAAGACACAGCAUAGCUUCUGACAGUGGGGACACAGGUGUUGGAACUUCCUGUUCUGAUAGUGUGGAAGAUCAUUCCACGUCAAGUGGUACUUCCUCGUUUAAGCCCAGCCGCUCAUUGGUCUCAAUUCCCACUGCUCAUGUAAUGCCAUCUCAUAUCAACACUUCGCUUUCAAAACAUAGGGAUCCUCUCAAGUCCAGCUCUGCAAAGUGGAGCACAAGCCUUUUGAGAUCUGCUCAAAGCAGGCAUCAGGGCAUGUUGGACAGUUCUCUUGAUAUGAAAGAUUUGAGGCCUGUAAGGAAGUGGUCAUCGUUGUCAAAACUCAGCACACCUCUUAGUUGUAACCAGGAUGGGGAUGUUUAUUCAGCAGAAUGCAGGACCAACUUGGAUACAAAUGGAAGAGACAAGACUGUUUCACCACAAUUAAGAACAAGUGGGUCAAAUUGCUUGUACAGUAGUAUGGAACUAUUAAAGUCUGAGGACAGAGAAAAUGGGAAGAAAAAGAAUUCUAGUUUGAACUGCAAAUACAAAUUUGAAAGUUGCAGCAAAGAAGAUUGGGGGGUUCCUGAUGUCUCAAGCAGGAGACAUGCCUUAGAUAUGACCUAUAGUGCCUUACCUGAAAGCAAGCCUGCUCCAUUAAACUCUGAAGCUUUUCAUCAAGAAUAUAUAACUUUGGAACCACAGGCUGCAGUCCCAUCCCAGGUUUCCAUUCAAUCUUCUGAAAGGACUCAGAGGUGGCUUACAGAACAAUUUCGUACAAAUCCUCCAGAAUCCAGGCCUUCUGAGGAGUCAUACAGUUUAUCUCCUUGGCAGUUACAGCAACUUGAAGAACUUAGAACAGGAAGUGAACACACUCUGCAGGUUCUGGGUGGAUCAUAUCAUCAAAGUUAUCCAGCUACAAACUUUCAGGACUAUAAUAAUUGGGAGUCCCUGAUGAAAAUUAAAGAAGGGCUGUUAAGGCAAAAAGAAAUUGUGAUUGAUAGGCAAAACCAGCAAAUUAACCUUCUGUAUCAGAAAAUAAGAGAGAAUGAACUACGAGCUCAACAAGCAAGAUUAGGGCACAUUGUACAUUGUGAAGAAUCAUACAUGAAUAAUUUCCAGCCUCAAUAUGAGAAACCAUCAAUGGCAGCUCAAUUUGCAGACAGAUCUUUAACCCAAUGUGAAAGGGAGCAAGUUAAACUUGCAUCAGUACAAAAUAAGGAGGUGCAACUCAGUGAGUUUUUGAAAGAAAUAGUAAACAAAUCCAAUGAAGAUAAAAAGAAAAUGGAAGAGAAGCUCAAAACCCGAGACAGGUACAUAAGUAGCCUGAAAAAGAAAUGCCAGAAAGAAUUGGAACAAAAUAAAGAGAAACAGAGGCGAAUCGAAACACUUGAAAAAUACCUAGCUGAUUUGCCAACACUGGAUGAUAUUGAGAAGCAAAGUAAAGAGCUACUGGGUCUUGAAGAAAAAUAUAAACAACUGAAAGCUGGUAUGGUUGAGCUUGAAAAGGAAUUGGAAGCAUCUGAGACACAAUGUAAAGAAAAAGAAUUGCAGCUUGUGUGCCAGAAGAAGAAAGAAAAAGAAUUGAUAGUUGCAGUGCAAAGCUUGCAACAGAAAGUAGAAAAAUGCCUGGAAGAUGGUGUCCGUCUUCCUAUGUUGGAUGCAAAACAGCUUCAGAGUGAAAAUGAAAGCCUCACAGAAAAAAAUGAGAAGGCUAAUAAGGUCAUAGACAAUCAACAAAAUCGGAUCACCGAGAUAUCUUUAGAGAUACAGUCUAUGCAAGAAAAGCUUUUGGAAGGAAAUCUGACAAUUCAGAAACAAAAAAAUGAACUUGAAGAAAAGGAUAAGAGUGUACAGCAGUUAAAGGAGGUACUUCUUGAAAACCAAAGAUUUAUGGAAGAAAAUGCAAGUUUAAGAGAACAGAUUCAUCAGAUGGAGCAGUCCAGACAACCGGUAGCCGAAAAAUUACCUGUGGCAGAUCAGUUGUUCAUAGAGAUGUCUCACUGUCUGUUUGACUUGAAAGCACUUUGCAGUAUUCUUACUCACAGAGCUCAGGGCAAAGAACCUAACCUGUCGUUGCUGCUUGGAAUCCAAUCUAUGAACUCUUCCUCUGAAGAUGAGAAGCACCAUAGCACAGAAAGUCUCUCAAAGAAGCUCUCAGAGGUUUGUCAGUUACGGAAAGAUAUUGAUGAACUGAGGACUAUAAUUUCAGACUGCUAUGCUCAGGACAUGGGAGAAAAUUGCAUUACACAGUGAUGACAUCUUGGCCUCACACUAGCAACUAAGUUAUUAAAUGCUGCUCUGGUUUUA